CCACACCCCCUUAGCUUCACUCACCACAUCAUUCAUCAUCAUCUCUCUCUCUCCCUCUUCAGACCGGCAAUGGCUGUUUCUUCAACUCCAUGGGCUCUCGUAGCUCUGUUUCUGAUGGCCUCUUCUACUGUAAUGGCAAUUCCUCCACGGAAGGCCAUUGAUGUGCCAUUCGGCCGAAACUACGUUCCAACUUGGGCUUUUGACCACCAGAAGCAACUCAAUGGCGGUUCCGAACUCCAACUCAUCCUCGACAAAUACACUGGGACAGGGUUUCAAUCCAAAGGGUCAUAUUUGUUCGGACAUUUCAGUAUGCACAUAAAGCUGCCAGCUGGUGAUACCGCUGGGGUCGUCACUGCAUUUUAUCUGUCGUCGACUAACAACGAGCAUGACGAGAUAGAUUUCGAGUUUCUCGGGAACAGGACAGGCCAGCCAGCAAUAUUGCAGACGAAUGUGUUCACAGGAGGAAAGGGAAACAGAGAGCAACGCAUCUAUCUCUGGUUCGACCCUUCAAAGGCUUAUCAUACUUACUCCAUCCUCUGGAACCUCUACCAAAUUGUAUUCUUUGUUGACAACAUACCAAUCCGUGUGUUCAAGAACGCUAAGGAUCUAGGAGUACGUUUCCCAUUCAACCAACCGAUGAAGCUAUACUCGAGCCUUUGGAACGCUGACGAUUGGGCCACGAGAGGAGGGCUAGAGAAAACCAAUUGGGCUAAUGCACCCUUCAUAGCUUCCUACAGAGGAUUCCACAUCGACGGCUGCCAAGCUUCUGUGGAGGCCAAGUACUGUGCUACUCAAGGCCGCAUGUGGUGGGAUCAGAAUGAGUUCCGUGACCUUGAUGCCGAACAAUAUCGUCGUCUCAAAUGGGUCCGCAUGAAAUGGACCAUCUACAACUACUGUACCGACCGUACUAGGUUCCCAGUUAUGCCAGCCGAAUGUAAAAGGGACAGAGACGUGUGAGUACUAUUAAGGGUUUCAAACUUUCAAUGAACCGGAUUACUAUGAGUAUUAUGCUUCUGUUCAAGAGAUUGAUAUGAAAUAUGUAUGUUUGUUGGUACGUUAUGAUUAUGCUUUGCUUGGACCUAAAUUUAUGUUAUUAUUCUAUUGUUUAACUAUGUUUCUUAUAAAGUUAUGUGACUUAUAACACUUGCAA